AUGGAAGGCGGCCUCCAGGAUGGGACAAUGCCGCCAAAGGAGGAAUCUGAAGCGUCGACAAAGUCCGAGCCUGGUCAUUAUACGAGCCUGCCAAAAGCUCAGUCUACGCAAUCCGCACUCACGCACUUGGCGCUCGAAAUCUUUCCCAUUCGAAUCGAAGGAAAGGCAAAGACUGCUUGCAGAUACUAUACUGACAUCUAUGCACCUACCACGUUCCGAAGACUUGAGCUCGAGGGUGUUGGAGAGGAUCUCUCCCUUCUCCGCCAUUACAUUCCUCUUAUUCUCAGCAACCACGUGUCGUUUGCUGGCAUGCUGGCAAAUGCCAUGCUGCAAUUCGACUUGAUGGACAGGCCACACCAUGGCCCAUCUCCACAGGCAAAGGGUAUCUACGAUGUAACCAUUCGACUUUUUCGUCAGUACCUGCAGUCGACUACUGAUAAGGUGUCCGAUUUGGUCAUAUGCACAAUGUUGUUUCUAGCGACCUUCGACAAUUUGACACUCAACUAUGACAGUGCCUGGAUCCACUUAAGAGCUAUAGAGGAGGCAAUCGCUCGCAGAGGCGGCCCUCAACGAUUGGAAUUCGACGGCUGGCUUGCGACUGUCACUGACAGCUUCAUCACACACGCAGAAUGCCAUCGAGCGAUCGUCAGUCACCCAGGAACCGCAGCCCCUAAAGUCCGAAGCCUUGACCGCCCUGUCCACCCAUUUUCUCCGGCUCUCUGUGCCCAGAUAGCAAGGCUCCCGCAAGCAUUCGAAGAGUUCUGCAUAAACCAACGCCCAGUGGCCGCUGUGAUCGACGUCCUUUCCGAUAUUGCCGCAUGGGUCGCCGCUGUAAAAGCAACGGCCUCGGAAGACGGAAGAGAGCACUUAUUCGUGGACAGUGCACUGCUGGAAGCAAAUCUUAACAACGCCACGAGAUGCUUUGAAUUGCUUCAGAGUGCCGAUCUACCAUUACAAGACCAAUUGGUCCUGAUGGCCUUGCAAGCUUACUGCUCACUGGUGGACUCUAGCGAGAGGGGACGCUUUUUAAAUCUGGCAUAUCUCCAGAUCCACGCCGGUCUCCUUCCUUCCACCUUCUGCUUCCCCGGCGCCUCUCAUCCACAGAGCCACGAGGCGGAAUGGCUGACCUGGGUAGGCAUGAUGAUGCUUACAAGCUCCCACACCAAUGAUCUCACAUGGUCGUUAGGCAUGAGGAUCUUGGACCACCAAGGGUUGAAACAGAGUUGGAUGCAGAAGAUCAGAAUAUGCGAGAAGUUCUUCUGGAACGAGAGGUUCUCCUAUCAGGUUCUUCGCAAGAAGCACUUCACAUCCAAGAGUCCUAAUACAUUUGGGUGA